UUGUUUUGUGUGAGUUCGACUCUGUAUAAACCGGCGUUCAGCCAUGUUUUAGUUUACGAUCCGUCACAGAUUUUCAUUGCAGUAAGACGAGAAAUAAAAAGUUGCUCACUGGCUUUAACAUAAUAAUAACAGUUUUUUCAUAGCUUUAUCCGGUUUGCUUCACUAUGGUUCGCACCGGAAUGAUACGUGGUCGUGGGGGCAUGGGAAUGGGUAUGCGCGGAAUGCGUGGUGCACCCUAUCUAAACAAGAAAAGUUUCCUACCGCGACAUCCGUUUGAUUUAACUCUAGCCGAAAUGGCUUUCGAGAGAGUCACGCCUGCCGCCGAUGAUAGUGUGCUGACAAAUGCUUUAUUAAAGCGCAGCCAAGAUCUGACCCCGACCCCGCAGGAACAAACAGCAAUAUCAAAUCUCGUUACUAAGGUGCAAGCCGUUCUUGACAACCUGGUUGUAGCCCCGGGUGACUUCAAUAAAUGCCAACUGGACGAAGUUCGUCAGGUAGGUUCGUUCAAGAAAGGAACCAUGAUGGCCGGUCACAAUGUGGCCGAUAUUGUUAUUAUUCUGAAGACUCUGCCCACCAAAGACGUUGCCGAGGUGCUCGGUAAAAAAGUCGAGGAGGACAUACAGAAAUCGAUGAAAACUGAGGUUGUUCCAAAAGCAGAGGCAAUUUCGUUGGAGUACAACGAGAAAGGUUUUGAAAUAUCAAAUGCACUAGCAAAGGUGCGUUGUUUGAUUGCAACCUUGCCGCAGAAUAUUCGCAAACUAGACUCGGAGAAACAUCUGGACUUCAAGGUGGUUCAAAGUCAUCUAGCAUCCAUACGACACGCCCGUUGGUUCGAAGAAAAUGCGCACCAUUCCAGCAUUAAGGUAUUGAUUCGGAUCCUAAAGGAUCUCGCAUCCCGUUUCGAUGGGUUUGCACCGUUGAAUCCCUGGAUCUGUGAUCUGUUGGCCCACUCAGCCAUUAUGAACAAUCCCAGUCGUCAGGCUUUGCCGGUUAAUAUGGCCUUCCGGCGGAUAUUUCAGCUGCUAGCAUCCGGUCUGUUCGUUCCCGGCUCGGCUGGCAUCACAGAUCCGUGCGAAGUUGGUCACAUCCGGGUACACACUUCGAUGAGUCUAAUCCAGCAAGAUGAGUGCUGCAUGACCGCGCAAACUUUGGUGCGCGUUUUGGCACAUGGUGGCUACAAGCAUAUUCUCGGAUUCGUUGAAAAUACUACCGUGGCAAAAGAGAUGUCGGUAUGGGACGGUGUGGUAGUGUCACCGAUGGAACCCGCUUAUGAGAAACCAUCCGAGAAGAAAGAUGAAGAAGAAGAGGACAUGGAGUGUGUCGAGGAGUCCGCUAUGGAGGAUGACAAUGGCGAAUAGAGAUUACCGACCAAUAACUUCUAUGUGGAAUAAAUAACAAUUGUGGAAUUCGGUUUUUCUUCGAGCAAUUUAAAUCCCUCAUAUACUUCGGAAAUACAAAACUAGAUAUUGUGUGAACUAAA